CAACCUAAUGUCGUCCAACACAAGUAAACAAACAGCUCUGUCCCCGUCUUCUGGUCCUCCAUCCGUCGCUUGCUGCUCUUCGCAUCCAUCCUCGCAAUCUAACGCCUCUCCUACUCCUUCCCACCCCCAAACCCUAAUCGCUUCUUCGCCUCCUGCGCCGUGGAGUAGAUCCGUCGCGGUAGCCGGCGCACAGGACAAUGCGGGGUAGGGAGAGAAGGAGCGCCUGAUCUGAUGCAGACGGCGCGGGAUGUCGUCGGCUCCGACUGCGGGGGCAAUGUUCGAGCGGCAUCGUGCCGUAGCACCUAAUACCUUGUCAAUGCAGGUUUUUAAAAGUGGACCAUUGUUUAUUUCAUCUAAAGGAAUUGGUUGGAAAUCAUGGAAGAGGCGUUGGUUUAUACUCACACGGACUUCUCUUGUUUUCUUCAAGAAUGAUCCUAGUGCAUUACCCCAAAGAGGUGGCGAAGUCAAUCUUACUUUGGGUGGUAUUGACCUAAAUAAUUCUGGAAGUGUGGUUGUUAGGGAAGAUAAGAAGUUACUAACUGUUUUGUUUCCUGAUGGACGUGAUGGUCGGGCAUUUACCCUUAAGGCAGAAUCUGUGGACGAUUUGUUUGAAUGGAAAACAGCUUUGGAGCAUGCACUUGCUCAAGCUCCAAAUGCUGCCCUUGUGAUGGGACAUAAUGGAAUUUUUCGUAAUGAUAAUGGGGAUACUUUUGAAGGAUCAUUCCAUUAUUGGAGGGACAAGCGGCCUAUCAAAUCCUUGGUUGUUGGUAGACCAAUUUUGCUCGCCCUUGAAGAUAUUGAUGGAGGGCCAUCCUUUCUAGAAAAGGCUUUAUGCUUUCUUGAGAAGUUCGGAACAAAGGUGGAAGGAAUUUUGCGGCAAGCUGCUGAUGUCGAAGAAGUUCAUCGAAGAAUCCAAGAAUAUGAGCAAGGAAAGAUUGAGUUUGCAGCUGAUGAGGAUGCCCAUAUUAUUGGUGAUUGUGUCAAGUAUGUUCUUCGGGAGCUACCAUCAUCUCCAGUUCCAGCUUCUUGCUGUACUGCAUUGCUGGAAGCUUAUAGAUUGACAAACAAUGAGGCUCGUGUAAAUGCUAUGCGCACUGCUAUUACUGAGACAUUUCCUGAACCAAAUCGGCGAUUGUUGCAAAGGAUUUUGAAAAUGAUGCAUGUCAUCUCUUCGCAUACUGCUGAGAAUCGGAUGACUCCAUCUGCUGUUGCUGCUUGCAUGGCCCCUCUUUUACUAAGACCUCUUUUGGCUGGUGAAUGUGAUUUGGAUGAUGAUCUCGACUCAAAUGGUGACAGUUCUGCUCAGCUUCUAGCAGCAGCAAAUGCAGCUAACAAUGCUCAGGCCAUUAUCAUAACUCUUUUAGAGGAGUAUGAAACCAUAUUUGAUGAUAGUAAUUUGCAGGGAUGCUCACUGUCUUCUGACUCUCAGAUUGGAGACACUGGCAGUGAAGAAUCUACAGUUGAUGUGAAUGCAGAUAUUAAAGAUAAUGGUUAUCAUGACGCAGAAAAUGAUGCAGAACCAGAAAUGGAAAGUGAUAAUGAUGAGCGUGUGCUCAGUGGAAAACUGAGCGGAAGCAGUGGAUACGCUGGCAGUGAUCUUUAUGACUACAAGGUCUUUGCUGGUGACGAUUCAGAUACGGAGUCUCCUGAGAAUCAGGCUUCAGCUAUGAAACCUGAGUUGCUUACGGGGUCUAGAACUCACUAUGAUGAGCAUGUUUCAUCAAUCAAAGGUACACAGAACCCACUGAUUGAGAAGGAUUCCUCUGAUGCCUUGCCUACACAAGAGUCUCCCUUGUUAAUGGGAGAGAUUCUAUCUUCCCUACAUCAAGGAACUUCUAUUCAUGCUCAUGCAACUGAAUAUAGUGCUGAGAGAUACUCGAUUAAAGUGAAUGGAUCUCACACGCAAAUGAAGCACAGUAAUUUUUGGGGUCGCAAUAAUGUCAGAAAGAAUCAGCCACUUGAACAAGUUGAUUCUUCUGGUGAAGAAGAGCUUGCUAUUCAGAGGCUUGAGAUCACAAAGAAUGACCUUCAGAUAAGAAUAGCCAAAGAGACGAAAGGCAAUGCUAUUCUGCAAGCAAGCUUGGAAAGAAGGAAACAAGCUUUGCAUGAGCGUCGAUUAGCUCUGGAACAAGAUGUAUCAAGACUACAAGAGCAGUUGCAGGCUGAGAGAGAUCUUAGAGCUGCUUUGGAGGUUGGUUUAAGCAUGUCUUCUGGACAGUUUUCUAGCUCACGCACGAUUGAUUCUAAGACAAGGGCAGAACUUGAGGAGAUUGCUCUUGCUGAAGCAGAUGUUGCUAGAUUGAAGCAGAAAGUUGCAGAGCUCCAUCUCCAACUCAACCAACAAAGCCAAAACCAAUAUGGAUCAGCCCCUUCUGAUAUAUAUCUGCACCUUCCUUCUCAUCUCACUCAACCGAAGAUUGUCCAACAAGAUUUCGAUAUGAGCCUUGCCUUUUGUAAUCAUGAAAAGAAACAACUAAGUGAGGAAAGCUCAUCAGCGACAGAUUGGAGGAGAACAAUGCCAGAAGAACCUCCAUAUACUGGUUCCAAGCUACCUUCGAGGAAGCAUUCUGCUGAUAAAACUAGUCUGAAUGAUUUAAGAGGCUUGGAGAUCGCAGCAUCAACCAGCAUGUCCUCUCAAGUCAAGGCAGCUAUUGUGGAGAACUCGCCUAAGAUCGCUGAGGUUGCAGAAUAUCCUCGGCAGCUAGCAGGGGCUUCUUCUACGCUGGCAGAAUUGACCACCCGACUUGAUUUCUUCAAAGAGAGGAGAUCACAACUAAUGGAACAACUCCAUAGUCUCGAUCUAAGCCACGGAGCGCCCUCUCAAGGUAUACCGCACAAAUCCACCCCAUGGAAUUGAUCCCAGAUGAGGCACAACCACUGCUUGUACAUCCGCGACCCAUGGAACCCACUUUAAGGCUUAGUUCACUUGUAACUUCUUCUGGUUAAGUGUUCAUUAUUUGGUGUUUACUUCUGCAGGAAUGUAAAUUUUGUUCGGUUUCUUGUACUUCUCCACGUGGUGGUGUAUUUUCAUCAAUAAUGGUCUUUUCUUGUGCUGGCUUGCCUUCAGCUAUUUGUUCUCAAAACAAGAUACCAUUAUAACGUCUUGAUCUCGAAAUAUGCUUUUCUUUCUUA